UGCCACUUUUGUCUUCUUCUGCUCGGCCUCCGGUACCUGCACAUUUACCCCUUCCAGGUGCUGUACCGGCCUACCCGCUACUUGAGUGUUUUUCCCCGCUGCAACCCCUCAAUGUCACGGCCACAGGCGAUGCUAUCGAUCGAGUCGGUGCGGAUGUCAGACAUGUUGAUGGAGGAUGCGGCCAUGUUGGGGGAAGAGGGGGUGGAGGACGCAGCCGGAAUGGAUGUGGAGGAUGCAGCAGCAGCGGUGGUGGUGGCAGCAGCGGCGGUGUUGGCAUCGGCGCGUUGGGAGUUCUUGGUUUGGCGUGAGGAAGGAGAGAAUGGUCCGGUGAAGUGUUUGGAUCACGGUGAUCCCGACGGUUUGCCGCUGGGGGUGCUCGAUUGUGAAGGUGACGUGCUGUUUCAGCUCGGCGUGGUGACGGGGUCGAGGGAGCUCGAGAUGGAGGACUCUCAAGGGAAGAUUGGGGUCGAGGAGCUUGCCUACCUGCUCGGUGUGCGUGAUUGGGAGCGAGACAACCUACCCAAGGUUGAAAUUGACUUCUUCAAGGGCUAUAGUGUUUUUGACUUCCUUUAUAAGUUUCAACAGAUAACAUCCCACUGCAAAUGGAGUGAGGAGCAGAUGCUGAAGGAAGUCAUAAAGUAUAUCCAUAUAGGCUUGAAGGACGAAGUCGGUGGGUUGGUUAGAAGAGCGGGGUCAUCAUGGAGGAAGUUUUAUGAUGACAUGUGGAAUAAAUACCGGUUAGGGGAGGAACAACUGACCAAAGACGAUCUUGAGAAGAUAGAUCGAUAUAGUUAUGUGUCAGUAGGGCACUUCCUGGCGGAGUAUGAGCACGCAUCCCACAAGGUCAGGGCGUUGUCUGAACGUGACAAGUGCUUUGUCUUCCUCAUGAACUUCACAGACGCUGAGCAGCGAGAUCUAAUCCGUGGGACAGAAGGAAGGCUCGUGUGGGACAAAAUACGAGAGAACUUUGAGCAAGGGGAUUUCGACCAGUACCUCUGUCAUACUCUGCGAGAAGCAAGGAAAAGAAAGGAGGCGUUGGAUAAUGAGAGGGUAUUAGCUGAGCGUUGUUGCCCUGGGGAAGCUGCUCGGGUGGCAGCGAGGAAGGAGGAGGAGAGUGCCAACCAUAGUCUGUUUGAGCCUUCCAUAGCUGGAAGGUUGAAGAGGUUGGGGAGCAGGCACAGGGAGUUGCAGAUGCUGCAGAAUCUUGUUGACACUCGCUGUCAGGGAAUCAAGGCUUGCUGUCAACUUAUCGACCUUGUGGUCGAUGGCAGAGCAUUGAUUCUCUACAGCGAGAAUCCGCUGGUCCCAGUUAGAAAAGGCUGCACAAUGUUCAACAAAGUCGACCUCAAAUCUGGUUACCACCAAAUUGAGAUGGCAGAGGAGGAUGUCUACAAGACAGCAUUCAAGACCAGAUAUGGGACUUACGAGUUUCUGGUCAUGCCAUUUGGACUGUGCAAUCCCCCAGGUACCUUCCAGACUGAGAUGCACCGCAUCUUCAGGCCUUACCUGGACAAGUUCAUGGUUGUCUACCUAGAUGACAUCCUGGUAUUCAGUCGGACUGCCAGGGAACAUGCGGAGCACUUGGCUCUAGUCCUUCAUUCGUUACGUGACAGCCAGUAUAAGAUUAACAGACAGAAGUCCUCCUUUGGAGUUCCCUCUAUCAUCUAUCCGGGUCACGUAAUCUUUGGGGAUGGCCUGGCUCCUGAAGCAGCCAAAGUAGCUGCUAUUCAGGAGUGGCCACAGCCACAGAUAGUGAGGGAUGUCAGGUCCUUCAUGGGCUUAGCCUCAUACUACAGAAAGUUUGUCAGGAACUUUUCUACAGUGGCUGCACCCCUGACCAACCUAACAAAGAAAGACACUCCUUUUCUUUGGUCCCUUCCCUAUCAGUUGGCCUUCACACGACUCAAGAAGGCCUUUACUCGUGCACCAGUGCUGAAGUUGCCUGACCCCACUUUGCCAUUCAUCCUAACCACUGACGCCGGUCAGUAUGGCAUUGGAGCAGUUCUUGAGCGGGAUGAUAGGAAUGGUCUACGACAUUUAGAGUUCAUGAGUAAGAAGAUCAAAACACAGAAGCUUCAGAGCUAUACCUACGAGAAAGAGCUAUAUGCUCUUAUCUAUUUGGGCAAGACCACCCCUCGUGGCAUGUGUCAGGUUAUGGUCUGCGUGGACACGUUCUCCAAAUACGUAGAGUUCAUCCCCUUGCCAGAGGUAGCUAGGGUCCCGGCUGUGAGAGCAGCCUUCUCAGAGAGUGUUGACACACUGAAGUUGCUUCACUGGGCAGUUGUUAACUGUGUGCAGUGCCAUCCGUUUGACUGUGCGAUUGCCACAAGCGGCAUUGAUGACACUAUCAAGCUGUGGACUCCUUGUGGUGUGCCAUCUAUUGUGUCCGGUGGGCCUGUGGGACCUGAGUCAGGAGACACAGUGAAGGCCAUGUCAGACAACCAGAAAAACAUGGUGUGGUCCCGAAGUUCAUUGCUUAACUGGUUAUCAGUCAGACCAGCGGAAAUGCUGCAACGACUGCGAGUUCAAGAGAGCGUCGAGGGCAGCCCUACCCACGCAAAAAAGAAACUCACUUUCGAUGGGACAAACAUCACGGAAUUCCUGAUAGAUUACGAGAACCUGGCAGCCUUACUGAUAUGGACUGAGGAAGAAAAGAUGGACCACCUAGGGCAGCACGUAUCGUUGAGCUUAGGAAGGGACAUUAUGACUAUCGUCUCCUCUAGUGGGUCCUGGAAGGAAACCCGGAAUGAGAUGAUGAGAAAGUACCUGAAGGCGGAAAAAAUGGCGACAGAGGCUGAAUUGGCAGCGGUCCAAAGGAAAAACUAUGCUACUUACAGUGACUUUCUGAGGGCGUUCACUCUAGUGGCACUGCGAAUCCCUGGGUUAACGGAUCGAAUAAUGAGCAAGUACUUCCUUAGGCAGUUCUCCGAGUUCGACAAAGAUAAGAUUCUGUCAGCUUACCAGCAGACUAGCAAGUUCGAGUACACGAGGGAUGUGGACUUCAGCACGGUAACAAACCUCACAGAACAGACAGUGGUGACCGAUACGCUAGCCCUGCUUAAGGAAGGGGAGGUUAUAGACUUGACUGGGAAGACAGGGGAUAAGGUCAAGAAGGGGAUAGUUUUGCACGAACGAGUGCACGGGGUUGACAGCAAGAUGGAAAGAAUGGAAAAUGCGCUAUUAGUAAUGCAGGCGCAGGUGUCCCGCCCCGCCCUCCCGCCCCAAGAGGCCGUAGUUCCGGCAACAGUGGCGAAUCGAGGGUAUGGCAGAAGGGAUCCGUCCAAUGAGCAAUGCAGGUAUUGCACAAUGGUCGAACAUUUCGUGUGGACUUGCCCAAGACUCAACCAUGAUAUCAUGAGACAGAGAUGCAGUAGGUCCCUUAAGGGUGAGAUUCUCGGGCCCCAGGGAGAGCGUGUAAAUUGGAAUUCGCCAGGAGGAAUGCGGUGUGCCGUCAUCGUCCUGAAUAACUUGGAUAUAGCCGCCGUAGAAGUAGAGCCGGUAGCCGAUAUUGUCUGGGACCAACCGAGGGGACGUGGGCCACAGGCCAAUUUCAUCCUAGAGGGCAAUGGGCAGGAUAGGGUAAACAUCAUCACCCGACGGCCCGGUGCGGAAAAGAAGCUUAUUCGAGACACGGUAAUGGAAGAGGUUGCUGGAACUGGUGCAGAUCAGGAAGAGACUGAGACCGGGGAACAAGAGAAGGUCUACGGGAAGGCAAGGGAAGAGGAGCCGAUAGAGAAAGUUGCGGCGGCAAAGAAGAAGUUCAGCCCAAGGCUGCUUAAAGGACUCAUGCAGUUGCUAACGCGCAAGCGCGUAGAGGUAGAGGAGGCCCCGGAACCACAGGAGCAGGAAACAGAAGAGCCCGACACGCCGCAAGGGGUUUCCAACCUCCAACGAAUUCCCGGAGAUCUGGAGGACUUGGAAAUCCGCCUAAGCCUACCGGACCGAGAAGGGGGUGAAGUCAUGAGGGCGCCGCCCGGGACGAAGCUUAGCUUCCAUGCCUUGCCCGUAGGAAAGCUGAAGGUCCAAAUCGGAACCCACCACACAGAUGCAUUAGUGGACGGCGGUGCAGAAAUCACCCUCAUACGACGAGAUUUCGCAACAGUCACGGGGUGCACGGUAAACAAGGAAGUAGCAGGGAGUAUCCGGGGAACCGGUGGUGAAAUUCCUUUCACGGGGUAUGUCACCAAAUGUGCAGUCAAGGCGGGAAUCCGGGAAUCCAUCUGGUCCUUUCAUCGAAUGACCGUGAUGGAAGAAAUGGAUCACGACAUAAUCCUCGGGAGACCGUGGUGCGCCAAUGUAGAAAUGAUAGGAAUGCAUCUGCAUGACGGCACAUACAUGGUAGACAUAGAGGACCCAGUGACCGGCCGCGGAGAACUCCUUCGACUUCUUGGGACUGGAGGGGACCCCCCAAAGGGCAAAUUGGCAACCUGGUCGCCAACAUUCAAAGAGAGUGCGCGGAAGGGGGCAUUCGCACGAAUGGAAGGAAUGAGGGAAAGAGUAGAGAUGAUGAUUGAAGAAGCCUUUAGCAAGAAGGAGUGGAUCAAGAUGGGUCUGCCUAUGAAGAAGAGGAGGCAAGAGGACGAGGCCCUGGAAGUUAUGGUGGCAGAAAAAGAAUCGGAAGUCGAACUUGGGGCCAGCCUGCCCAAACCAAAGGAAGGCCGGAACGAAAUGACAGAAGUGGUGCUUGAAAUCCCAGACUUGUUACAACUCGUUAAGGCCAUCAGGUAUCACAAGUUUGGGAUAGCGGCAGAGGUCACGGACCUGCUUAGAGCCAAGAUAGAUUCAUUCGUGGCUGAACCCACCGCAUCCCCCUACGCGAAUAAGUGGUUCGUUUUCCGGAAGCCCAACAAGACGCUCAGGUGGAUCCAGGACUUGCAGAAGCUCAAUGCGGUAACAAUUAGGGACGCGGGUUCGCUCCCACAGGCGGACUUGCUGGCUGAAUCGCAUGCUGGACGAAGUAUUUACUCCCUGAUAGACCUAUACUCGGGAUAUGACCAGUUGUCGUUCGACGCAAGGGAUAAACCGUAUACUGCCAUGCACACACCAGUAGGGCAGUUGCAAAUGCAAGUGACCCCUAUGGGUUUCACGAAUGCGGUGGCAGAGGCGCAGAGGAGGAUGCUUGCCGUAGCAGGGGACAUGUUCCCAGAAAAAUGCGAGCCAUAUAUAGACGAUAACCCUCUAAAAGGCGCGCGAGACAAAGAUGAGACAGAAGCCGAGUCGGGCAUACGAAAGUUUGUCUGGGACCACCUGCAGGAUAUCAAGGACCUACUCCAGCGGUUUUUGAGUUAUAAUAUUACCGCAAGCGGACAAAAGAGCAUCCUGGCCGUUCCGGAAGUAACCAUAUUGGGAUUUCGCUGUGGGGCUUAUGGGAGGAGACCCGACCCAGCAAAGACAGAUAAGAUCUCCCAGUGGCCGACACCCCUGUGCACCACGACGGAAGUACGAGCCUUCCUAGGGGUGGUCGGGUUCUGGAGGAUCUUCAUCAAAGGAUUCGCAAAGAUAGCAGAGCCUAUCCGCACGAUGAUUAGAGAAGGUGGCACUAUGGAAUGGACCGAAGAUAGGGAAGCGGCGGCCCAGACCCUCAAAGACAUUCUGUCUUUCGAUCAGGUCACUCUAGCAGCACCCUGUUUCAAUGACGAGGUAGGACGGCCCUUCAUCUUAGAAACAGAUGGGGGACCGCUGGCAGUUGGAGGAGUACUGAUACAGAAAAGCGAGGAAGGCAAGGAAAGGCCAAUCAGAUUUGAAAGUAGAACCUUGAAUUCGGCAGAACGGCGGUACUCACAGUUCAAGAAAGAGGUCUUAGCGAUCCUACAUUGUCUUAAGACCUUCCAAGCAUACCUGUUUGGGAGGCGGUUUAUCCCGAGGAUCGAUCCAACCAACGUCGCCGGGGCACUAAAGAACUAUAAGCCUAUAGACCCAACCGUUGGGAGAUGGAUAGGCUUCAUAUGGUAGGCGGAUGGGCUGAGUAGGGUAUGUAUCACGUCGGAAGGCAUAGAGGACGCAGAGCAGAUUGACGCCUUCCUGGAAUACGAAGGAGGGACCCUUGCUGUGGAUAACAAGAUGGCAGACUCCAUAGCCACGACUGGUCAGUUGCUGAUCCAUACCUUGGAAAAGGGCGCGCCUGCGGUAGUUGCGGAACUCAGGGAGGGACCGGUUACUACGAUUAGGCGCAAAGAUGAGAGGGAUUCGUGGGGUGCAGUGAUUGGGCCUAAAGAGGAACUGAUGGCAAUGGCCGGUGAAGGGGGACGGGACGCCGUGAUGACCUUAGCAGAAUCCUGGACGCAAAGGGAACUGCAGUACCUGGUGAAUCAGGCUCAGGAGGAGAAGGAUAUCGACCAGAAGGAACGAGAAUUCUUCCUCAUACAGAUGUAUGAGGGCGUCUUCAGGGAAAUCGGCCUACUGCUUAUAGGAAACAAACAGCCCACGAAAGUCAGCCCCAAGGCAAGGGAGGAAGCCGAAAAGUAUGUUUUAAGGAACGGCCACGUGUUCAAGAAGGAAGAGGGGAUGAUGCCUAGACGAGUCGUGUGCAGAAGGUCUAGGCUGUUAGAUAUAAUCCAGGCAAUGCACGAUGGACUAGCUGGAGGCCAUAGGUCAUUCAAAGGGACCCUUGCGAAAAUCGCACCACUCUACUUCUGGACAUGCCUGAUAUGCCAGGAAAGGAGUUCCGCACGUGUCUUCGAGCCCCUUAGACCCACCCGUGUACUAGGGUCGGGGCACUUAGUCCACCUCGACCUUGCGGUCAUGCCAGUGUCAACGGAUGGAUACAGGUACAUCCUGGAUGCAAGGGAUAACCUCAGUGGCUACGUAGAGGCGGUAGCACUCAAGAGAAAGACAGGGAAGGGAGUGGCCGAUUGGAUAGAGGAUUUCUACCUAAGACACCCCUUUGUGCGCAGGUUCAUAGCAGAUAACGGGACGGAGUUCGUCAAUCAGGAGGUAUUGAGCAAGCUUAAGACCUUGUGCGUACCCAUUAAAAUCAUUGAGCCAUAUCACCCUGAGGCAAAUGCACCGGUAGAAAGGGGGCAUCGGACCUUGAAGAACACAAUCGCCAAGCUCGCAGUGGAUGAUUUGGGAAACUGGCCACGGUACCUUAAGCAGGCAGUCUUCUCUGAGAACAUGACACCAAAGAGAACGACGGGGUGCAUUCCAGCGGAGCUAUGGUAUGGAAAGGAGAUUGACUUCCCAGUAGAGGCCCUCGUCCCUACCUGGAACAGAUUAGACAAUGAUCCGCACUUGACCACGGAGGAGUUAAUUGUCGCACGUUGCCAACAGGUCGUUGGAAAUGAGGAAGCCUUAGAAGAAGUGGUCAAGCGCGUGAUGGAUAGCCGAAUGAGGGACAAAGCAAGAUGGGACCAGGACCAGGAAAGAAGAGGAAAAGCAAGAAAAGGCAAGAUGGAGUUUGGAAAUGAGAACGACAGCAGUGCUAUCAACCAGCCCAAUGAGCAGCAGCCGACAAGACAGGCCGGGGAAUCAAGUUCCAGGAAGAGGAAGCUGUAUGUGGGAUUCGAUCACAAUCUGGUUGUAAACAGAGGUGGGAGGAAGCAAGGGACCAGGGGACCGUCGCCCCUGAGGGAGGGGGAACCAAUAGUCCUUCCAUCAGACAAUGACACUAGUAGUGAGGAAGAGGGGAACCUAGGGAAAAGGCUGAGGUUGGAGGAGGAGGAGCCCAUCGAGGUCAUAGACCUCAGCAGCGAGGAGGAGGAGGACGAAGUUACAACACCCACAAGGGAAGUGAUGGAAGUGGAAGAAGGGUUGGGGGUGGUCGGCUAUGGUAGAUGGAUGUCGGUGACGGAGGAAGGGGACUUAAGGUGGGAGAAUAGUGGUGAAGAUGACGAGAGGACAGGUGCAAAGCGAUCCUUAGCCCCGGCAAGAGGGCCGAGGGGGCCGCAAGUUAAGCUAGGACCCGCGUCUGGGGAAGAACGGCGUGCGGACGCGAAGGGAACAAGGGAAGGAGACCGCAGUGAGGCGGAAAGACGUCAGGAACAUCAAAAAGAAGGUGUGGUGCCGGCGGGACAAGGUGCCGGGGACCACAUGGGACCGAGGGACGAUGCGGUACCGAUAGGACAAAGUGUCGGGGACCACAUGGGACCGAGGGACGGUGUGGGGCCAGCGGGACAAAGUGGCGAGAACUGUGUGAGACCAAGGAGGAGACGCGGUGCCGGCGGGACAAAGUGUCAAGGACCACGUGGGACCAGGCAGAACUAUGGUGCCGACACGGGACUAGUGACGGGGACCGUGGGGGACUAGGCAAAAUUGCGGUACCAGCAAAACCGCCAGCGAGACAGGUGCCGAUGGGACAAAGUGUCGGGAGCCACCAACGGGA